UACUUUCCUUAGUAACCCGCAUGGAAACAGAUUUCUCUGUGUUUUGAGUUUCGGCGCCGAUUACAGUAGUGAGGAAUUAGCUUAAGUAAAAGCGAGUUUUAAAGCGUCUUUAGAGUAGGUCGUGGUAUUUACAUUACUCAUUGAUAUAAAUAACACAGCUAUGAAAAUCGAGGAGGUAAAAAGUACCACAAAAACUCAAAGGAUCGCCUCGCAUAGUCACGUCAAAGGACUCGGGCUCGACGAGGCCGGGAAUGCUAAAUCUACAGCAUGUGGACUGGUGGGCCAGGAGGCUGCUAGAGAGGCUUGUGGCAUCAUUGUUGAGAUGAUUCGCUCCAAAAAGAUGGCAGGAAGGGCGGUUUUACUGGCAGGCCCACCCGGAACAGGAAAGACUGCCCUCGCUCUUGCUGUGGCUCAGGAGUUGGGAAACAAAGUGCCUUUCUGCCCCAUGGUGGGCAGUGAGGUCUACUCCACUGAGAUUAAAAAGACAGAAGUACUGAUGGAGAAUUUCAGGAGAGCAAUCGGGCUGCGCAUCAAAGAAACAAAGGAGGUGUAUGAAGGCGAGGUGACGGAGCUGACUCCCUGUGAGACGGAGAAUCCCAUGGGCGGCUACGGGAAAACCAUCAGUCACGUCAUCAUCGGGUUGAAGACGGCCAAAGGCACAAAGCAGCUGAAGCUGGAUCCCAGCAUUUAUGAGAGUCUUCAGAAAGAGCGGGUGGAGGUGGGAGACGUCAUCUACAUCGAAGCUAACAGUGGAGCUGUUAAGAGACAAGGCCGCUGUGACACGUUUGCAACAGAGUUUGACCUGGAAGCAGAAGAGUAUGUUCCACUGCCUAAAGGAGACGUCCACAAGAAGAAGGAGAUUGUCCAGGACGUCACGCUGCACGAUCUGGAUGUUGCAAACGCUCGGCCGCAGGGAGGUCAGGAUAUUCUCUCCAUGAUGGGACAGCUGAUGAAGCCCAAAAAGACAGAGAUCACAGACAAGCUCCGCGCUGAGAUCAACAAGGUAGUCAACCGCUACAUAGACCAGGGCGUGGCUGAGCUGGUACCCGGGGUGUUGUUCGUGGACGAGGUGCACAUGCUGGACAUUGAGUGCUUCACGUAUCUCCACCGCGCCCUGGAGAGCAGCAUCGCCCCCAUCGUUGUGUUUGCCUCCAACAGAGGGAACUGUUUGAUCAGGGGGACGGAGGACAUCAGCUCUCCACACGGAAUUCCUCUGGACCUGCUGGAUAGAGUCAUGAUCAUCCGUACCAUGAUGUACACGCCGCAGGAAAUGAAGCAGAUUAUUAAGAUCCGAGCUCAGACGGAGGGGAUCAACGUCAGCGAGGAGGCUCUGACACAUCUGGCCGAGAUCGGAACCAAGACUACCCUCAGGUACGCCGUCCAGCUGCUGACGCCAGCCAGCCUUCUGGGCCGCGUUCAGGGAAAAGAAACCGUGGAGAGGGAGCAGGUGGAGGAAAUUAACGAGCUGUUCUACGACGCCAAGUCUUCAGCAAAAAUCCUCCAAGACCAGCAUCACAAGUUCAUGAAAUAAGAUUUACCGACCCUUCCACAGAUCGGGCGUGUUUCCGUUGAGUUCUUGUCACUGACCGUUGUAGUUCUGUUCAAAUAAAUGCUAAAUUUUACUUUUUUUUUUUGGUUUUUAAAUUUUUUGGAAUAAAAUCAAAAAAGCACA